GGUGUCAACAUGGUGGAAAGAGGAACUUUUUGGGUGUCCUAAAUACCACAAACACUCCAUAUUUACUCAUUGAAAUGAAACAAUAGAACUGAGAAAAUGGCAAGAUAUUAUGUACGUGCCGCUUAUGAAUUUCCAACAAACGAACCUGGUGAAAUUCAGUUAAAACCUGGUGAUGUCGUCUUGGUGACUGGACAGAUCAAUGCGGAUUGGUUGUCAGGCAGUCUAAACGGACGCCUGGGGAACUUUCCGAGCAACUUUGUGGAGGAUCUUCACAUCCCAGAGCUCACUCCUGGACAGAAGCUAUUCGAGGCCAUAACAACUUUCCCUGCAACAGUCAGUGGUGAUCUUGGAUUCAAAAAAGGAGAACUUGUUGUCGGAACCCAGAAGAUUGAUGAGAACUGGUGGAGAGGGGAAAAGAGACAGGACACUGGUAUCUUUCCGAUCACUCAUGUCAAGCAAUUACAAGUGGAUAUUGGUGCAGAUUCUGUUGAUAGUAUAGAUAGUGGGACGCCCAAUGGCGUGCACCAAGAAACCGACACUGCUGCGACCGCUGAGGGCAUCUGGAAUGUAAUGGUGCGAGCGAAUAGUGACCUGACUGCACAAAUUGACGGAGAGUUAACAUUCUCUAAAGGGGAUGUUAUCUAUAUCAAGAAAGCAAUCGAUGAGAGUUUCUACCUUGGUGAAUGCAAUGGACAAACAGGUACAUUUCCUAUAUUUUGGGUGGAUGUUGUGGAUAAGGAUGAUUUCCUGAAACUUAAGGCAAGCAUAACUGGUGGACCGACGUCCGCAGUAAAAAAGUCAUUCGGGAAAACGUCUGCUUACAAAGAGGCUACGCAGCCAGAUCCAGAGCUGACCACCUUGCUUCCUCCAACUCAAACUGCAUCCGCGGACUAUGAGGAAUACAAAGGCAGAACUGCAUCUUUUAAUCGUAAUAAUACAAGAUCAUACGACACGGAACUUCAGGCGUACGGACGCACGCUCUACCCGUUCGUGGGCAAAAACCACAAUGAGUUGACCUUCUUGGAAAAUGAGAUUGUGAACUUGAUACGUCAUAUCGAUGACCAAUGGACCGAAGGAGAGAUUGAUGGACGAUUUGGACUCUUUCCGACAAAUUUUGUUGAAAUUAUCGUAGAUUGUCCAUACGAUACGAACGACUCGAUAACUGAAAGGGAAGAUGAAACUGCGACACCGCAGCAGGACUCGGGUGAGAUCACUUCCAGUGAUCAUCAAGUGCCAACGGAUUAUUCGUCCGUCGCGUCCCAGAAUUCUACAGAUAUUCCGCAAUAUAACCAUGAAACUGCUGCUCAAGCAACCUGUGAUCUUUCCGCUUCUGAAACCGAUGUUGGCGUAGCACAAUCUUUUGAAACCGAGCAAUAUGCUUUAGUUCUGUAUGAUUAUGAAAGUAGAAAUGAUGGAGAGUUGAGCAUCAGACACGGGGAGACGGUCACCAUCUUAAAAACGCUUGACGAACAUUGGUACGAGGUGCGUGAUGAUGAUGGAAAUGUUGGAUACUGCCCAAUAAAUUAUGUUCAGGUGAUUGGCGCAGAACCGGAAUUGGAUGUUCAGUCUGUUACUGAGGAACAACCGGUUGUUCCUGUAGUCAGUGUUGAGGGGGCCACAACAAGUUCUACCUCUGACACAACAACUCCUGUUGUGUCAGUUGUUGAGGAAAAGUCCAUUGAAAGUAUUGUUAAAAAUGACCCUGUUGUUGUGUCUAAACCUGCUGUCUCGCCAAAGCCAGUGAGGGCGCUAUCGCCGCUGAAACCACCGCUAAAACCAAAGCCAGAAUUGAAACCUAAGCCACGUGUUGCUGUCAAUAAGACUCAUUCUAUGCAUGCACCCCAUCUGCAGACCAACCACCCUGUUCCAGUCCAGCGACAGCCCAUGUUGCUACAUUCUCAAAUAAGCCUGGACGACAUGAUUAAAGACCAAAUGGGUAAAGCAAAACGAGAGGCAGAGUUAAGGUCGUCCAGCUCUGGAUCCAUCAACAGUUUGGGUAGUGAUGGUCCGAGAUCUAGGACUGCGUCGACACAUUCCCAGGGAUACCCAGGGGUAGAGAUUGCCCCGGGAUCAACAAUCUGGUACAGCGAUCUACAGGGCGUUCCGAUCCCACAGCCACUAGAAUCCGGAUUAAACACGUAUAACUCGCUUCCAUUGCCGAAAACAUCGACCAAUAAAAAUCUUCACCGUCAAACAGGAAUCGAUCUCGACUCCUCGGGAUCAUUCAAGAAGUUAGCGCCACCGCGACCAACGGGACCAAGACCGCCGCCAGCCCCGCCAAAACAGCCGCUGGUCCCAGUGCCACCUGGUUCUGUUGGUAGGAGUCAAUUCCACACCGCCAAGCCUGUGCCACAGCGGGCCGCUCCGAUGCCACCGAUGCAUCGACAGCACACGGCCAAGCCGUCCCGGCCCCUGCCGCCUAGCAAGACUGGGAACUUGGUCCAUCUCGACACAUCAAUGACAGAUAUCGGAGACAAUGACAAUUCAGACAUUGCCCAGGAUCUCAUCAAUAGGAUCACAGAGACGGAGCAAGAUCUUCAGAAUUACAAGAAAUGCAAGAAGGAUUCGGAGCAGAAGCUUCUGCAGGCCGGAGGACAUGACGAGAGCAGCGACAUUGGAGAGAGUAUCGAGUUCUACAGCGCUAAUAUUUCGGGCCUGACUGCUGAACUUACUGCUUUGAAAAAGAGCCUCAACCAGCUUCAUUCGAAGAACGGGUGCGUACCACAGGCAGCUCCGCGCCACCGGAUGAGCCAGGAGGUCGACCUCCAGAAACAAAUGGAAGAAAUGAAGAAGAAGAUGAAGGAGAAGCGUGAGAAGGUCAUAGAAGAGCUGAUCGAUACGGAGAAGAGAUACAUGAAAGAUCUCGGCUUGUGUCAGAAGGCUUUCCUCUCACAGGGGUCUGCUAAGUGUUCAGCUGUUGAUAUGGACACCUUGUUCUGUAACAUCCAAGAGAUCUUCAAUCUAUCCCGAUUCUUACUGAAAGAUCUUGAGGCGAACAUAUCUGGCAAGGAGUUCGACCAGCAGACAGUUGGUUUAUGCUUCCUUGAAUUCGCACCUAAGAUGACGAGUGCCUACGCCCCGUACUGUCGAAAUCACGAUGACGUCAUGGCGCUGUUGGAGAAGUAUGAGGACAAUACAGAGGUACAGGAAUUUAUCAAGAAGGGCCUAGCCACUAUCCGUAAGGAGUCAAACGUUUUCGAUCUCGGCUCAUUGCUGAUUAAACCUGUCCAGAGAAUACUCAAAUACCCACUGCUCCUCAAUGAGCUAUUUAAGGCAACAGAUGACAGUCACCCUGAUAAAGAACCUUUACUGAAAGCCAUCAAAACCAUGACCGAUGUAGCCACAGCCAUCAAUGAAUACAAGCGACGGAAAGAUUUAGUUUACAAAUAUCGACAAGAUUCAGACACGAGCUUUGGCGAGAAGAUUGCCAAACUCAACCUUCACUCGAUAAAGAAGAAAUCGACAAGAAUUGGUGCUAGGCUAUCAUCCAGUCUUGGUGUAGCCAAUAUGACGGUCGACGAGAAUUUCAAUCGCGAGGAGAAUAAAUUCAAAUAUCUUGAUCGCGCUAUUCGAUUAUUUGUGAAGAACAUCAGUACCUACAUGGAACAGAUGAAGGACACGACCAUGUUUCUAGAGACGAUCUCAUCAGAUCUGUCCGAGUACUACAUGGAGAAGAAUCGCCAGCAGGAGGUGCAACAAUACCAGGACGCAUGUAAUACAAUCGGAGUCGACCUCAUGGAUAAGUUUAGAGCUGAGGUCGAUUCAAGAACGCUCGAUCCGUUAAACAAACUACUUGUGAUGUUUCACGGACCGGGCAAAGUGAUCAAGAAGAGGCUGGAUAAGUUGAUUGAUUUCGACCACAUGACGGGAUCGGUGAAACGCGCCAAGGACCCAGACCAGCUCAGACAGGCAAAAGAGGACCAAGAGAUUGCCAAGAAGAACUACAUGGCAUUGAACGCACAGCUGCUUGAUGAGUUGCCCAAGCUUUACACGCUCGCCCUUGAAGUGUUCCAGGAAGCCAUCAGACGAUUUGUCAGUGCUCAGCAGCGAUUCAUGAAUGGUGCACUUUCACAGAUGCAGACUCUUGUCAGGCUCCCGCUGUUUGCUGCUGGAAAUGAGAACAUCAUCGAACAGUUUAACAUCCGCCACACAGAAGCUGUCGAUAGGAUGUCCGAUAUCACAUUCCUGCCAAAGAACUUCAACCCUCGCCAAGAACUAAAGAUCGAGCAAAAGAAAAGUCGAAGGUCGUCAACGCCCGUAGCUGCGGGGUCUGGGGAAACAGUGGCAGCUGUCCAGAGCGACAGCCAGAAAGCAUUGCUCCGAUCAAGAUACCUAUCGAAUGAAAAACUCUACACCGUGACUGCCACCUAUGAGCCGAUCCAGUUGAUGGAUAUCCCCGUGAAUGAAGGCGACCUCGUCGGAUUGAUUAAGGAGCAGGACCCCAUGGGCAACAAGGAGAGAUGGUUCGUGGACACUGGAGGAGAGAAAGGAUUCUUACCAAAGAAGUUCCUAAAACAAGUCACAGUUUCCACGUCAUCUGCACCAGUGGCGCCACCAAGACAAACCACAUUUAUGACGGAAAUGGAUACGCUGUUCGACCCGCCAUCUUACAAUGAAGCCAUAUUGUCGCCUCCGCCGAACGGCGAUAGUGUUGACGUCGGGAGUUUGUCAACGGCGAUGAACCACCGAAAUAGUUUGGAGUCGGAGAGGAGAGAAAGAACCAACUCUUCAAGUUGUGAGAGUUAUCGAGCAGCGUACAGUUUUACUGCCAGAAAUGAAAACGAAAUGAGUCUACAUGAAGAGCAGAUAGUGACUGUGGUUCAAAAACAUGAUUUAGAGGGAAAUAAGGAAUGGUGGCUGGUUAAAACGGGAGCCGGCCAAGGUUACGCACCGGCGAGUUAUCUUACGCUAAUGUCCUGACGUCUGAUCGAGUCGUAGAUGAAAGUGUGAUCUUCCAAGCUGUCGAUUUCUCCACAAAAUACAGUGGAACCUCCCUCAGCGGAAAAGUCAUUAGACAUUCAAUAUUUUGCAUAUCUAUCUCUUGCCAUGACACGUAUUCCUAACAAUACCAGAGCUUUAAUACAUGUAUAGCUCAGCAGGCAGGGACAUUAUUUCUACAGGGUGUACUGUAAAAGAGCUUUUAGUCGGCACCAGAAAAAUUAACAGACGAAACUUUUCAAAUGAGAAGAAUAAACACUGGUGGUGCCUAAUUUGAAUACCGGUACAGCUUUAUGAGCAAACUACAUUAUAUCGACAUUUAUUCGUAUUUGUCCACAUUCUACUUAAGUUUGUGUUAGAUGUGUACAUCAUAGAACUUUAUCAUGCAACUACAUUUAGACUGCCACAAUAAAGUACAGUCCAAAUCACAAUUGACAUCCUGUAAAUCACGUCUUUGGCAUGUCAGCCCCUCUGCCCCCCCCCUCAUUAUAGCAGGUGAAUGCCCCCCUAGUGCUGCCCCCUCUUGAUCUGUGCUUGAUAAAGAGCUACAUAUUUAUUUUCUGAGGCUAAAUUUACUGAUGAAAAUCUGUACCGAAUACGUCUGUAUAUAAAGUUAUGGUUCUGAAUUCAAUGAUCAUUGACAACUGAUAUUCUGGGCAGAAAAAUUGAUGCAGUUGUCAAUCAUAACCUUGAAGCGAUGACCUCGGGGAACGGGAUGACAUUUUAAAGGAAACCCUACCUCGGAAAAUGGAAUACCCUCUGGAAAUGUGGUGCUGAUUGAUUCUCUGGGGUGAAAAUUUUAAAUGCACAACACCUUGGCUGCUUAUGUGGCACCAGAGCGCAGGUUGUGUGCAUCUUACGCGAAAAAGAGAGUAUGUCAAUUGUGACUGGGACUGUACAUCUUGUCACUCAUGAUAGUAUAACAUUUCAGAGUCUAUUCUUCAUGUUGAUUCAAACUUGGGUGGCCAGGAGACUGUGUUGAGACACAGUGUGCACGGGCAGUUGAUUUAUCAAUACUGUCAGUUUUGACUCUCUUGCCUGUGAAUGCUCUGCUUGCCCUCGUACAUGUAUUAGUGUAUUAUACACACAUCCAAUUCAUAAACGUUCUUAACCUCUUGAAUCCCGGUGACCAACCAGUCACUCAUUUUGAAAUAACGUUUUUUCCCAACGACCGACAUGUCGGUCUCGGUGAUAUUUUUCUUCCCUUGAGCUGGGAUGCUAGUUUAUUGCUUGUUUUAGCGUGUUUGAUGUAGAGUAGGGUCAGUUAGAGCAUGCCUGGGUAGAUGGCGCCUCGGUACCCAACUUUGGCGGUUGUAUGCGGGCGCUAUACACCUUUCAAGAAAUGGGGCGCUGAGUGUCCGAAAUAGUGAUGUCAUAAGGGGAAACUAGGCCUUAUGGUGGAGGGACAAAGGAGAUAGUCAUGGUUGACCAACACACUUGAAUGCCUUUAAUGACGGACAAGGGGGAAAAAGUUAGUUCCAAUGCAAGCCACCAAUUUCGGGAAGCAUGUAUACAUUGUGAAAGUCAGACCCAAUUUUGCAACCACGUGACCACCCUGAGAUCCCGGGAUUUUCAAGUUUUGGGAUUCAAGAGGUUAAUGUUGCUUAGCUCCGGGGACUAGCACCCCAACCACUGGGCCAUAAAGGAAAUCCUCUCAUUAUGGCCGGCAAGUAAAGUCGUGCUGUAUAACUGAAGGAACAGUAUAAGUCGAUGUUUUCCCGCGCUUUGUAUCAUAUCAUAUCAGGUUUGGAUAUAUUUAAGAAAACAGAAAGAAGAACAUUUCAAGCAUUUGGCUGCCACAUCGGUUUAUGCCUGUUUCGCCUAUUCCUGUUUCGCCUAUUCCUGUUUCGCCUAUUCCUGUUUCGCCUACUUUCCAGUACCCCUACAAUAAAUCGACUCUCCCACGGGGAACCUUAGGGAUGCAUGUUCAUUUUAUGGGGAAAAUGUGAGGGGACAAUUGGAUGAUGUUAACGAUGUGAUGACAAUUUGACUAAUCAAAUGCCAUCAACUUUGUUAUGCCAUGACCGUUUUGAAAGAGUCACCUUGAAAGCGGGGACAGUCCGGGACUUAUUUGACCAUAGGACCAUAGGACCAUACUGACACACAGUAAAAACUAAUAGAUUAAGUAGAGUAAAGCAGUCGUUUAUUUUAUGAAAACUGAAUUCACGAGUUUUUGAUAAAAAUACAUAAUAUUGUACAUUCUCAUAAUUAUUUGAUCAAAAUCAGCUGUAAAACCCAUGUCAUAAUAUACAUGUAGGUACAGCACAUAUAAAGUCAAACAAGGUGGAAAAUACAUAUCAUGAUAUUAUGUCAGACAAGGUAACUGAUGGCAUCAACGUAACUCAUUAUGUCCCUCUCUCCAUUGACGUAUUGUUUCAAUGCGUACAUAUGUGGCUCUCCUCGGGUUUGGUCGGUCAGUAAGGGACGGUUCAUAUUCCUACGUCUGUGGGGAGGUUAGCAAUACAUUUGAAUAGGCGAAACAGGAAUAGGCGAAACAGGAAUAGGCGAAACAGGAAUACUCAUAUAGGUAAACUCAUGACGUAAUGGCAGACGCCGUUAAGAAUUGCAACAGAGCCAGUUCACUUCUAUUAGAACAUGCGCUGAAUUUGUAUUUUUGAUUGAAAGAUUGGCUGAUAUGCUUUCGUGCAUUUUUCCACGAUAUUUUGUUGAGGUCUACUUGAAGAAUUGUUAUUAUGAUGUCUUGUCAACUCAGAUAGCUGUCGGCGAUAACCUUUAUUAAUGAGAGAAUUGUGUUCAUUUCAAAAUGCCAUUGCAAUGGCUGGAGAGAUUUCUAAUCAUGUUCAUUAAUGCCAUUGCAGUACUCCUUUUAAUCAUGUGAUAACCUAACUUUCACCGACAAAUAAACAGUCUUGACAAAGACGAGAUUAAGUGAUAUUAUGUACACAAUUUAUGAAUAUAUUUACUUCAAGCAGAUCAAUGUGAUAUAUGUAUAACUUUAAGUUUUGUAAAUAGUUGCAAUGCUUACUUUGUAACGCUUGUGGUAAUACACUCAUAUUUUCAGAAA